GACACAAGUCAUCAUUGAAACCCUAAGCCUCCCCACAACCCCAUAUCUCUUUGUCUGAAAAAUCUCUUUUGUAUAUAAAUUUAAACACAAGCCAUAUCUUUCAAACUGUACUGCUGCACAAGUGUAGAGGAAGUGGCACAACAUCUUUGAGAGAGAGAGAGAGAGAGAGAGGUCACUUGUUCAUUUUCCAGGAAAAAAACUUGAGAGAAAAAAAGUUUGAUUUUGUUUGUUGUUGAGAAAUGGGUGAGAGGGAUGAUGGACUGGGGCUAAGCUUGAGCUUGAGUUUAGGUUUAAAUCAAAAGGAGUCAACUCCGAGGUUGAAUCCAACGCCUAUGGCUUCUUAUUCAUCUUCAUCACACAUGCAUAUGCAGAACAGUUGGAUUCAAAUGUUUCAAUCUUCAGAGAGGAACUCCGACGUGGGAUCGUUCCUACGGGGGCUCGACGUGAACAGAGCUCCGUCGAGGGUGGUCGUUGACGUGGAGGAAGAUGCGGGAGUUUCGUCUCCUAAUAGCACCGUCUCAAGCGUGAUGAGCGGGAAGAGAAACGAAAGAGAGCUCGUGGCUGCGGCGGGAGCUGGAGGUGGAAGAACAAUAGAGGAUAACGAGACGGAGAGAGGAUCUAGCUCUCUCGGUGGUGGCAGCGACGAUGAAGAUGGUGGUGGGAACGGAGACGACGGGUCGAGGAAGAAGCUCCGGUUGUCUAAAGAACAAGCUUUGGUCCUCGAGGAGACUUUUAAAGAACAUAGCACUCUCAAUCCGAAGCAAAAGAUGGCUCUGGCUAAGCAGUUGAAUCUAAGGACUAGGCAAGUGGAAGUGUGGUUCCAAAACCGAAGGGCAAGGACAAAGCUGAAGCAAACGGAAGUUGAUUGUGAGUAUCUAAAAAGAUGUUGUGAGAAUCUAACGGAGGAGAAUCGAAGAUUGCAGAAGGAAGUGAGUGAGCUUAGGGCUUUAAAGCUGUCUCCACAGUUGUACAUGCACAUGAAACCUCCCACUACUCUCACCAUGUGUCCUUCCUGUGAGCGAGUCGCCGUUGCUUCAUCGUCGGUUGCUCCUGCUCCUGUGAUGUCUUCAUCGUCUCCAAUGGGACCAAUGAGCCCGUGGGCUGCUAUUCCUCUCCGCCAACGUCCUGCUGCUGGUUCUCGUUGAAAAAUGUGUUUUAUUUGUUUGUUGUUAUUUUCAGAAGAAUUAGCUUUAGUUUAACUUCAAUGGGCUUUGGUGAUUUCGUUUUUAUAUUAUAUAAUGUGCUAAAACGAUCUUGGAAUGUCUUUCAAGUGCCUGGUCUCAUGCUCA